AUGGCACCUCUCCAUCAUGUCAUCCCCCGCGCCAACUUCAACCUCCUCUCCCGCCAACUCCGCCACCGCCUCGUACCCACCACCACCCACCGCCAUGCCUCAACCACCCCCCCGAAACCCCGAGUACUAGAGAAGCCCGAACGCUUCAACCCCCCCUCCCACGGCUCCCGUCUCCCCCGCCGCCAACCCCCGCGCGCCUAUCCCGGCGCCCCCUUAACACCCGAACAACACCGCCGUCGCUAUCCCAACAUGAUGCCGGCAGAAGGCACCUGGAUGCACUCGUUCCUCACCAACCGCAUGCUACACGUCUGGAUCACGCUCUCCAUCCUCAUAACCCUCGUCAUCGCGGUCCAAAUAGGCGACUUCAUCCACACGACACCCUACGCCGACUUACUCCCACCGAGGUCGAUGUUCUUGGUUCAUCCGUGGAGUUUUCUGGGCAGGUACGCGGAGGUCUAUCGGAUGCAUGUGGACUACAUCUCCGCGCAGACGGCGGAGCGGCGGAGGCAGAAGGUGGAGGAUGUGCGGAAGAGGGGGGAGUUCAGGCGGGCACAUGGGUUGGAGGGGGAGGAGGGGGUGUUUGGGGCGUGGACUGCGAAGGGGGAUGCGGAGGUCAUGGGGCCGGGGAUGAGGGAGGGUGGGGGUGGGGGUGUGGGUGGAGGGAGGGAAGGCAUGGCAAGAGGGCAGGGAGAAGAGGUGAGGGAAGAGGCGCAGGCUGGGCAGGAGACGUAUGUCGACUUUGAGGGCAAGCUACGGCCUGUGGAGAGGAAGAAGUGGUUGGGCAUCUGGUAG